GAGCCCGAUAAAAUGUAAACCCGAAGAAAACCUGAUCCAAGCUUGCGGAUGCCAGCCGGUUUAGGAACCUGCCAUUGAGGUCCUCAACCUCAACUAUGAGCUCUCACUUGGUUUUGUUCUAUCAAUUGAAUUCUUAUUACCGUUCGUGCAAAUAGACAGACAGAGACAGAGACAGCCUGAAAGAUGACAAGUGUCAAUGUAUGGUGCGAUCGAGUCCAAUUGGCCAACGCCACCCUCUUUCUAUUUCUACAAUCUUCAGCCUUAAAUAAGCAAAACUUUAGAAACCAAUGCCGGUAACAAUGGCAUACCCUCCAUCUUUUUCUCUUUUCCUAAAUCUCCCCACUUCCCUAUUUCCUCAAUUUUACCUUUCUUUCCUUGUUUCUCACUCUUCCUUUUCUAACCCCUUCUGGAAGUAGCUUCCUUCGUUUCUCCCCUCUAUGAAUUAUGAUGGCAUAAGAAAGAAUUGAGCAGUCCUGCGAGGAUGAGUGUUAGUUUCAAAUAUUGGGAUGAAUGUGCCGAUCCCGAGGACAUGGAAGCAAUGUGGAAUCACCCUGAAGUGAGAACAGAGUGGACGGGUGCCGGGGAAACUGAAGGACAAAGAGUUCACCUAUCAAGGGAUCCUGAUGGACAGCCUUAUUUGACACAGACAGAGAUGAGGGCUGUGGCUGAAAUCGUUACACGCAGACAAUUUGAUAAAAAGCUAGAUCCAGAGAUGAUUUGUGCUAUUGCAGAACUAGAAAGUAACAGACAGCCUCUUGCCAUGGGAUGUGACAAGAAAACUAAUCUGAUUACAAUAGGAAUCAUGCAAGUUGCACCUAAAGUAGCAGAGUGGAUUGUCAGGGAAGAAGACUAUUUAUUAUUCCCAGUCGAAGAGGAUCCAGAUAUUCUAUACAAGCCUUUUGUAAAUGUAUAUUUUGGAGCAGCUUACCUUAGAUGGUUAUCAAACUUUGAUGGCAAAAUUAGAACUGAAGAGUUUGUCGUCAGAGCCUAUAGUGGUGGUACAAAAAAAGUAAAUCAUAAAUCAACUCUGCCAUAUUGGAAGCGUUAUCUUCAAGUGAAAGAAUGUUAUCUAUCAAGGAAACAGUUUGAUGGUCCUUCGCCUAUCGAAGCACCAACUUUUCCAACCUCACCAGUUUCACCGUCUAAGGGUUUUGACCUAUAUUGGGACUCUAGAGUUUCCUCUGAAGACAUGGAACAUAUGUGGAAUCACCUUGAUGUCUUCAAGGAAUGGAUUAAAUCUAAGGAAAUAAGGGGAAAAGUGCGGUUUUCCUGUAAUAAAGAGAAGAAACCUUAUCUUUCUCGAGUAGAACUGAGGGCCAUUGCAGAAAUAAUUGUUUCCAAGUACUUCAGUACAAGGGGAAUAAAUCCUACAGUACUUUGUGCUCUGGCCGAUGUUGUUAGCAUGCGCUUUAUAGAUGGGAAUGAAGCAUCAACUGGUCUGAUGGGAAUUGACUACUCUACAGCUUUCUGGCUUUACAAAGAGAUGGGCUAUAGGGCUUAUCGAGUUGAUUACAUAGAAGAUCUCACAAAUCCAUUUGUGUCCAUGUAUUUUGGAGCGGCGUAUUUAGCUUGGUUAUCAGAGUAUGAAGGGAGGGAAAGGAGUCUGCAAUUCAUCUUUCAUGCUUAUAUUUCUGGACCAAAAAAUGUACAUCUCGAAGAAACGUGUCCGAAGUGGCUAAAGUUUGAGCAAAUUUUGGCCCGUUAUGAACGCACAAAAAGCCGUGAAGGGAGCUGCAACAUCAUUUAACCUGAUAGAUAUCAGUGGUUCACCAUCUUUUAGAUGGUUCUCCCAUGAAGUUGUGCUGAAUGCACACAAUGGAAACCAUUUUUUUAUGCUAAUUUCACUUUAAGAUUUGAAGAAAAAGGGGCGUCUUUUUCUCUCUUUUUUGGGUUCUUUUUAAGAUGUCUGUGUAUAUUGAACGAGGACGUGUACGGCUGUCUCUGUCAUGUACUAAUAGAACAAAUAACUAGAAAGCGUCUGGUGGCUUUUCACGAUACCGGAUGCAAUCAAAUAAAUAAUAAUAAUUUGAAAAGGUUUA